CGGUGUGCGUACAUAGCUGACUGUGUAAGAGAGAAAGCGAACCAGAAAAAUAGACAGAAAGUCAUGGACACCGCAAGCAGAAGAAACAACAUUAAAAUCGACAACCCAAAGGACUUUGGAUUUUUCACAGAUGAAAAUUUGUUUGAUUUUUUCCGUCAAAACAAGGUAAAGAUGUCAACAAUAGAAGAGCCGUUGAUGCUUCUCCGACAUCUCAAGGACAAUAAACUCAUUACAGAUAAGCAUUAUCAAAAGCUUGAAAACACUGGUGGAGAUAAUGAUGUGUACAGUGCACUGGAGUACAUUGAAAAUUGUGGAAAGAAGAAUGUUAGAAAGUUCUGGAAAUGUGUGGCCCAGGAUUAUAUAUUACAGCGUUACUCUCAACUCUCUGAAAUCACUGCAGCUCUGAUGAACUCUCUUGAGUGUCAGCCAAAGAAAAAAAUAAGAGAAACAGUCGAGGAUCGAGGCACAGGAAAAGAAAGAGAGGUUAAAAAGAGAAAGACAGAGAGCAAGUCUGUGAGUGACCAAGCUGGACCAUCAUCACCAAGCAUCAGCAGCCAGAGGACGACAGAUGAACACGUGAAGAGAGAUUCUCCAGAUCUUCAGAGCGCUCCAGACUUCAGCACAGAAUUGCCGUUUUCCCAUCCGUCCGUGCACUGUAAAGCAGAGGAUCUCUGGAACAUGGAUGAACACAAGAGAUUUCUUCCUGUCACAUGUGGGGAUAAAAAGGCCUUAUUGGACAGAAAAGCAUUGUAUGAGAGAAAGAGGGACUGCAUUAAACGUGGCAAAGUAAUGAUCUCACCUUAUAUAUUUGAGGAAAUGGGUGGAAAAGAAUCAUGCAAGUCCUGGAAAACAAGUAUAUUAUGCCAAGGCAUAACCCUCAACAGUCUGAUUGAGAUGAAUAUUUUGAAGGUACCCGAUCAUAAAGGAAAAUUUACCCUUCAUAAAUGAUGUGCCAUGCAUCACAUUAUUUAGCGUUUUCAAUCAGUGAAUAUACUGAGAUUAUGAAUUCUCAAAUUGUGUUCCACUUUUAAUAAAGUCAGUCAAUGAAUGGAGUGUUAUGUGAAAUAAAGCUUCCCUG